CUGCAGUCAGAGCUGGGCAAGUGCAUCGAGGAGUUCCGCAGGAUCAGGAUCCCGGCCGCCUUUCCCAACAAGAAGCGGCAGUGGCAGAGCGAGCUGCUGAGGAAGUACCAGCUGUGAGAGCAGAGCCGGCUCCCAUCCAGGAAUGAUCUCUCCAGGCUGGAGGGUGGCUGGCCCAGCGUGGCUCCCAAAGCGAGGAGCAGAGGUGGCUCGUGGAGCCCAUGCCAAUGUUGAAAGGGUCACAGGCCUGUCCCCACCUCGGCCAUGGAGGGGAUGCUCCACAGCCUCAGGGGCACAGGCACAGCUGGAGGCGGUAGGACAAGGAAGGAUGUCCAGGGUGGUGUUCAGCACCUGCAGAAAUCCCCACAUUUCUGAGACUGAGUUUCCCUGGCAUUUCAAACAAUAAA